AUGCGGAAAGUCGUCGUGACCGGCCUGGGAGCCAUCACACCACUUGCCGCAGGCGCUAAAGCGACCUGGAAACGCUUGCUGGACGCUUCAUGCGGCAUCGGAUCCACUUCAGCCCUGGGCCCAUCAUUUGCGUCUCUUCCAAGUCGUGUUGCUGGACUAGUGCCACAAGGGAGUCGGGAAGAUGGACGUUGGCAAGCGAAAGACUGGUUGCCCGCCAGUGAGGAGCGUCAAAUGGCCCUUUUUGCUCAAUAUGCCAUUGCCGCCGCCGACGAAGCACUGGACGAUGCCGACUGGCACCCUUCGUCACCGCACCAGCUUGAAAGGACAGGUGUGACUGUGGGAUCUGGAAUCGGGAAUCUAGACGAGGCGUACAACGCAUCCGUGUCUUUUCACACCCAUGGUUAUCGCAAAGUCUCGCCAUUGUUCGUUCCUCGACUCUUGAUCAACCUGGCUGCCGGGCACAUUUCCAUUCGUCAUGGAUUCAAAGGACCUAAUCAUGCUGCGACUACCGCCUGCACCACGGGUCUACAUGCUAUCGGUGACGCUUCUCGACUCAUUGCAUUCGGUGAUGCAGAUGUGAUGGUUGCUGGGGGCGCAGAGUCGUGCAUUCACCCGCUAGCCAUCGCUGGCUUUGCUCGAGCCAGGAGUCUUGCUACCGACUGGAACGACAGCCCGCAACUUGCAUCACGGCCCUUUGACAAGAAUCGCAAUGGCUUUGUAAUCGGUGAAGGAGCAGGCGUUGUUGUACUAGAGGAGCUCGAGCACGCAAAGGCACGUAAUGCAAAGAUUUACGCCGAAGUCAAAGGCUAUGGACUCUCUUCCGAUGCCUUUCACAUGACCGCUCCUCGAGAAGACGGCGAGGGCGCAUUCCUCGCCAUGAGACAAGCUUUGAGGCACGCGGAGAUACGGCCAUCUGACGUGGACUAUGUGAAUGCGCAUGCUACUUCCACAGUAUUGGGCGAUGCUGCGGAAAACAGAGCAAUCAAGCGGCUGCUCCUCGGCUCGGAAGGGAAGCAACAUGCGGCGGACAUCAAUGUCAGCAGCACGAAGGGUGCGAUUGGGCAUUUACUUGGAGCUGCUGGCGCUGUGGAAGCCAUCUUCACCAUUCUUGCCGUCCAUCACAACGUGCUGCCCCCGACGCUCAAUCUGGAAUCUCCAGGCAACCCUGCGGAAGAGUUCAAUUGCAACUAUAUCCCCCACGCGGCCCAGCAGCAUACUGUAAAUGCUGCCCUUACGAAUAGUUUCGGGUUCGGUGGAACGAAUGCGAGUUUGUGUCUUGGCAAAGCGCCUUGA